UGCGCACAAUCCAGUACGGCCAGUGCAAGACCAUUCGCCCUGGAUGCUGCUCUUUCACAGCAGUUUUUAACGUUCAUUCCGAAAGUGCGGCGAUAGCAACGGCUAUUGACACAACAAUAGCUAGAAUAAUUUAUAUUUUUUUAUUUUCUUUUUUGGAGUGCUUAUUUACUUAUAAAAAAUAAGUAUGCGUUUCCUGCAAGCAACCGUAGUGUCGAGACACUGCGCCGCUUUAAAAGGCUUGGCAUAUCCUAGAAAUUAUGCCACAAUAGCGGAACCUGCAGCGCCUGCAGUCAAAACACAAGCUAUACCAGGUCCUAGAUCAUUGGCAUUGAAGGGCAAAUUAAGCGCAAUACAAAACGUUGUGCCAGUUCAACUUUUCGCUGACUAUGAAAAGUCAAUUGGAAACUACUUGGUUGACGUCGAUGGAAAUGUCUUACUUGAUGUUUAUACACAAAUUUCCUCAAUACCAUUAGGCUAUAACCAUCCACGCCUCUUAAAUGUCUUCCAGAACGAAAAAAAUUUAAAAACUUUAAUCAACCGUCCUGCCCUGGGUGUAUUUCCUGGAAAAGAAUGGCCAGAACAGUUGAAUUCAAUUCUUACUAAAAUUGCACCCAAAGGUCUGAGUAAUUUGACAACAAUGAUGUGUGGAUCCUGCUCAAACGAAAAUGCCUACAAAAAUAUUUUUAUUUGGUACCGUCGCAAUCAGCGUGGUGAAAACGUUGACUUCACAGAUGCCGAAAUGCAGUCGUGCAUGAUUAAUCAACCACCAGGCGCACCCAAAUUGAGUAUUCUGUCGUUCAAUGGCGCAUUCCAUGGGCGCACUUUGGGCGCACUCUCUACCACACACUCCAAAUAUAUACAUAAAAUCGAUGUGCCUUCAUUCGAUUGGCCAAUUGCUUCAUUUCCUCAAUAUCAAUAUCCAUUGGCUGAAAAUGAACGCCACAACAAAGAGCAGGAUCAACGAUGCUUGGCUGAAGUCGAAGAACUGAUUGAAAAGUACAAUAAAAAAGGCAUUCCAGUGGCAGGCAUUAUUGUUGAGCCCAUUCAGAGCGAGGGUGGUGACAAUGAGGCAUCACCUGAAUUCUUUCAGGGUCUGCAGAAAAUUGGCAAACAACGCGGUGUCGCUUUGUUGAUUGAUGAGGUACAAACUGGCGGCGGUUGUACCGGUAAAAUUUGGUGCCACGAACACUUUAACUUGGAUGGCCCACCUGAUGUGGUGACAUUCAGCAAAAAAAUGCAAUUAGGCGGUUACUUUCACAAGGAGGAAUUCAAGCCGCAACAAGGUUAUCGAGUAUUCAAUACAUGGAUGGGUGAUCCAAGCAAGCUACUGCUUUUGCAAGAAGUCAUUAAUGUCAUACAGGAAGAGAACUUAUUAAAAAAUGUUAACAUUGCUGGAAAAGUAUUGAAAGAUGGACUAUUGGAUUUGGAAAAAGAAUAUUCACAUAUCCUAAAUUCAACAAGAGGACGCGGUACCUUCUUGGCGGUGAACUGCCAGAAUGGUAAAGCACGAGAUUAUAUCGUGAAUAGACUCAGAAUGAAGGGCAUACAAACUGGUGGGUGUGGCGAGAUCUCAAUUCGUUUCCGACCAGCAUUAACAUUCCAAGAAAAACAUGCAAAUAUCGUUUUGGAUGGAUUCCGAAGCGUAUUGAGAGAAUUGUAAUUUGAUUAGCGAUGUUAGCUGUAAGCUGCCUCUCUUUGCAUUUAGUAUUGAGUAAAUAUAUUAGACGCGAGUCAAAUUGUAGCGAGCAAGAGAAAUUUGCGCAAAAGUAAUUUAAAAUAAGAUAAAUAUUUAAAUGAAUUUGUAUUUGAUAGCAUGAUGCAAUUUAUCAUCUCGAAUGAAUCGAUAUGAUGAGUUUGAGGAAAGUUGUCAUAUUAAUUAAAAAAAAGUGAUUUCAGUGGCGUAAUGUGAAGGUAAAGAAUGGAUCAUAUGUAACUAAAAGACAGCACUUGAGUUGUGCUCUGAAACUUUGCUUCCAAUAAAUAACGAACCUUAUGUUCAAACACAAAAAACAGAGUAAA